AGAAGUAGAUCUAGUGAAUAAGAAGUAGUAAGUGCAUACAGGACACUCUGAAAUGGCAACUACACAGUGCCAAAGAGAGAAAACUAAAGAUUUGACAGGAAUUUUUCCAAAUGAAACUGUGACAGAACAGAAAUCCAUACUAUUUGUGAAGAAAUUGUUGGCUGUAGCAGUUUCAAACAUUGCUUAUCUUAGAGCGUUAUUCCCAGAGCAUGCAUUUGGAGAUCGCUCUAUUGAAGACCUCCAUUUGAAAACUUUGAGAGAUGACAGUGCCUGUCCAGGAGUAUGUAAAUUCAUACAGUACAUGAAAGGAUGCUUUGAUGCCUUGGAUAAGAAAUAUCUCAGAAUUCUUAUCUUAGGGCUCUACCGUGAUCCUGAAAAUCCUGAGACCUUGAUUGAAUCAUACACAUUCAAGUUCAGCUAUGCAGAUGAGACAGGAGUAGAUAUUUACAGAAACAACCAAAAGAUAUCAAGUGCAAAUACUGCCAGUGAAAUCAAGAAAGCAACAAUUCGCCUCCUUCGCACAAUUGUUGUUUUAACACAAACAAUGAAUGCCAUUCCAGAAGACACUAUGCUGACCAUGAAGUUGCUUUAUUAUGAUGAAGUAACUCCUCCAGAAUAUGAACCACCUGGAUUUAAGCCAUCCACAUGUACAGAUUUUAAAUAUGAAGAGGAACCAGUGACCAUCAAUGUUGGAGAUGUUGCAACUCCUUUCCACAGAAUUAAAAUGAGGGUGAAGACAAAUGAGGCAAUGUUUGACAUCAAGGAAGAGGAAAUAGCUGAGAUGAAGACAGAUGCUGAAGUUCACACUGACACUGAAAAAAAUGAGAAUAUAAAGAAAGAUGAAUCACAACCAACACCAGUGGUCCCAACAGAGAGUCCAGAAAUUCCAGGUUCUGAUGGUAAAGCUGUUGAAAUGCUUGGCUCUGAAAUGAGUCAGAUGACAGAAACAGAGGAGGAAUUUGGGGUCAGAUGUCCAUGUGGUUGUAAUGAGGAUGACGGUCUGAUGGUAUUAUGUGCAAUUUGCAAGUACUGGCAACAUGGGCUGUGCUUCUGUAUUAAGGAGGAAUAUGAGGCCCCAGAACACCAUGUGUGUGAUGUCUGUGCUGAUAAAGACGAUCCUAUAAAGCAGCCAACAGAUCCGUAUCUGUACAAGCUGAGUCCUAUUGCUAUUCAGACAACAUGUCUGUAUAGAAGAGCACUGAUGGCAACUACUGAAUCCAGCAGAGUUGUUGCACCAAGUCUUGCUAAGAGGCUUGGAGUAGAAGUGAACAUUGCACAUGGACUCAUUGACAGGAUGGAAAAGGAAGGAUAUGUUAAGAAUUCGGGGAAAGGAAAAAAGCUAGGGAAAAUGGUAGACAAUGAGAAAAUAAUGAGUGAAGGGUUGGAAAAGUACCUUAUUAAUAAAACUGUGAUUACCAAUCAAGAAAAUAAGAUGGAAGAGAUACAAGAUAUUGAUUCAACUGAAAAGCAUAUAGAGAAAAUUACUGAUAUGACUGAAGAUAUGGAGCUUGGGGAACAGAAAAAGCGAAGGAAAAAGAAACUGGGACCUAUUUCAGAGGUCAGACAAAGUCCUCGUCUUCUGCAAAAGAAACCUGAUGAUGGUAAAGACUCUCAGCAGAUUCAGAGGAAAGGCAAGAAAAGAGCUUGCUCAAAGAUAUAUGAGAAUUCUGAAUUUGAGAUAGCUGACAGUCAAGAUGUGACAGUUGAUGAAGACUAUCCUAGAAGUAAAAAGAAAGCAAGUGAUGUUUCUAAGGCCAUCAUGGUUUGAUCAGAGCCUGUACUAUCAUUAAAACAAGACAACAGAGACAAACUCCUGAAUAUUGAAUGUAGAUAUUUUCAGAAUUUAUGAAAAUUUGAAUCAUUUCUUAAAUUUUUGAUUUAUUUGCCAGAUUGUAAAGCAAAGUCCAGUGGAUUUUUGGUCUAUGGAUUUAAUGUGAUUUUUGUUCAUCUGCCCCCCAUAGGCAUCUUCAACAACAGUUUCAUUUAGCUUUGUCAUGUGUGACAUAUUCAUAGUUUGAUCUACAAACUCAAGAUGUUUCAAAUAUUCCCAUUGAGAUUAAUUUUGGCCUUGACCUUUAUACUUUGAUUUUUAAAUGAAAAAAAAACUGUUAUUUCUUGUGAAGAUGAGCUUGUCUUAUCAUGGCCUUUUUGCAAUGCAAGUACAUGUAGGUAAAUAGCCCAAAGAUUUUUCGAAGAAGACCACCAAGAGAGUUGAUCUUGGGCACAACGCUAGAAAUUGAAGAUGGAAUUUUCCUUCCUCAUCAAUUUCAAUAAUGCCACUGAGGGUUACCAAUGCCUUUAGUUGUGACCUUGAAAUUGGUAUAUGAGGGGUGCAUUUCAUUUGGGCAGAUUUUUCAAAAGUCAUUUCUUUCAUUUGUGCAACAUUUUAGGUCACCUGAGUCACUCAGGUGAUCUACUGCUAUCUGUUUUCAUCUGUCAUUGUCCAUUAUGCAUUAACAUUUGAACAUUUUUGGCUUAAUUCUCCUCAUAAACUGCUGAACCAAUUUUGGUAUAGGUCAUCUAUUGGCAAAGAAGGACAAAAAUUAUGAAUUGUUUUGCAGAUAAUAAUAUAACUCCAUGAAGCAUAUAGACUAAUGUUCUUGCUUUAUUUUACAUCUGAAAACGUAUCAAUUAAUCGAAAGUACUAAUAAUUUUUCAAGAGUAAUGUUCACCCUUAGCAAUGAGUUGCUUAUGAAUGAUCAAAUGAAUGAUCAAAUGAAUGACAUCAAGCUGACAUAAAGAAAUAUGGUUUUAAAAAAAAGAUUGAUAUAAAAUAAAUUUUAGUUUAGAGUAGAUUAUCACUACACAGUCUUUUAUUCUGUUUUCUUUCUCAUGUAAUUCAUGUACUUUAUAUAUUUGAAGAAUAUAAAUAACAAUAGUCGUCAAAUUGUAGUACUAAAUCAAAUACAUGUAUAUAUGUGGCCCCUAAUAAACUAAUUUAUUAUGCUAAUCAGUUGCUGAGAAAAAUUGCACUAAAUUUUGAGUGUGCUUACUUAUGUAUUUUUCCAGUAGUAUUGUUAGACUUUUGUGACAUAUUUCAUGUACAUUACAUAUUUUAAAAAAAAAUUAACAAUGAAAUAGAUCUUAUUCUAUUUCUUUAGUUUUUACACUAUAUCUUCACUUUUUUUUGCCCUUUAAAAAAAAAUAUGUCCAACUAAAAAACAGUUUCACCACCCAAAUAAAGCAGAAUUUGCCCAUAUAAAAUAAUCUGCCCAAAUGAAGAGCAUAACUUGUCAAUUAACUUCCAUAAAGUUAUAUAUAUGAAUAAUUUAGGAAUAGCAAAGUGUUAGCUUACUGACUUUAAUUCGUGCAUUAGUAAAUGGCUCUGACUAUAAACCUUGUAUAGGUAAAUGACUUUGACUUUAUACCUUGUGUUGGUAAAUGAUUUUAAGGGGCAUGUAUCUGACUCCAUUCCUUGUGUUUAGGACUGAUCAUAACAAUCAAGGUUUCUCUAUAUUGACUUGUAAACGCUUUUCAAUUUGGUCAUACUGCCUUUACUUCUUCAUUUUUCCCCCUUGUUUACAAGAAGUUUCAAUAUUUAAUUGCAUAUGAUAUGAAAUAUUUGAACUGGUAAUACUUGUACUAUAAUGAUGAUUCAGAAAAAAUUUAACUUUAUCACUGUUGUAGUGUUGUUGUGUGUUGUAAUUUUUCUUUAAAAAGUUUUGCUAUGGAAAUCUUGAAAUUAUUGAAAAGUGAGAAUUAUAUGCUUGUCUCAAGAAUGAUAAUUGUGUUGUAUAUUCCUAUUUUUUCUGUUAUACUUGCUAGUGUGAGUACUAUGUUGAAUUUAGUUUUAUUUGUUGUUAGAUCAUACACUGUCUAGUUAACAGAGUGAUCUUAAAUUGUUUUUAUUGUUGAUUAUUUUUGGCACUAUACAAUCAAU